AUGCCCUACGGGCCCACGCAGACUGGCAUUGCGCUCAACCGAGCGGUCAACUUAUGUACCGGCGAAGAAGCAUCCGAUGACCCAGUUUUCAUCCCAGACUCUUGCGUUGAAAAAGGUGAGGUGCUUCUGCAGGACUGCACCUUCUCCAGAACCGGUGACUGUCAGCCGGCUCUUAAAGGGAUCAACCUGAGCGUGCCUCCAGGCUCAUUAGUGGCCAUCGUUGGCUUCGUUGGCAGCGGCAAGUCCACGCUUCUCGCCGCCAUCUUGGGAGAUCUGCACCGCGUCGAGGGCACCGUCCGCAUCAGCGGCACCAUCGGUUACGUGCCGCAAGCUGCCACGGUAUUCAACGCCACAUUGCGGGACAACAUCUUAUUUGGCAAGUCGUACGACCCGGCCCUGUACAGGCGCGUCUUAGAAGCAUGCGAGCUGGUCAAGGACAUUAACUCGUUUCCUGCGGGAGAUCUGACUGAAAUUGGCGAAAAGGGCUACAACCUGAGCGGCGGCCAGAAGCAGCGCGUGUCUCUGGCCCGAGCUGCCUACCACCAGUGCAGCAUCUACGUCCUCGACGAUCCCCUCAGCGCCCUCGACCCGCAAGUGGGAUCCAAUGUCUUCAAGAAGCUUAUCGGCAAGAGCGGGAUGCUCAGGGACAAAACCCGGCUGCUGGUGACCAACCAGGGUUACCUCUUGAAGCACGUCGACCAGCUGUACCUGAUGCAUGGAAAGGCGGGCGUUUCAUACAGCCGCCAUUCGGAGCUGCUGAAAGAUCCAAGGGCACCAGCUACCCUAACGCUCGGAACCCCAGGCACUGCAGCCCUGGAGCAGGAGAAAACCACUGAAGCCUACGACGCCAAGGAAGACCAAUCUCAGGGAAAAAUUAUCAACGACGAGAAGAACGUUUCGACAAAGAGCGCGUCUGAAGUUAUGUGGGCCACACUCAAGAUGUGUGGUUGGUGGCUGUGGCCGGGUGUCCUGUGUCUGGCGGCAAGUGCAGUGACUGCGUCGUGGCAGUUGGUGUGGAUAAAAAACUGGACGGAUGCCAGUGGGCCAGAAAGCACCAUGAACCCAUAUGACUCCUACUGGAUGCACGGACUGGCCGCUUUAUCCGUGGGCGCUGUGGCCACCCGCCUGGCUGGCAAUGUGCUGCUGUCAUUUGCAAUGAACCGGCUCUCACGGGUGCUGCACCACGACAUGCUCGAGCACGUGUUGCUCAGUCCGGUGUCGUUCUUCGACGCGACUCCGCGGGGCAGGAUCCUGAACCGGUUCACCGCCGACCUCAACGACGUGGACACUCGCAUGGCCGUGCUGGGACGCCAGACGAUCCAGAACAGCCUGCUGGCCCUUUCGCGGCUAGCAGUCAUAGGCACCGAGAGCCUGGCCGUCAUCGCUGUUGGCAUCGUCGUGUUAGUCGUUUUCAUAGUCGGCUUAGGUGUACUUACUCGUGCGGUGAAUGCGACGCGCUAUAUCCGGAGCGCACACUUCUCACGCGUGCUUCAGCACGUGACGGAGACCUUGGACUCGCUGACCAUCGUGCGUGUGUUUGACAUGACCGAGCGCUUCUACGAGCGCUUCUGUCGCCUGGCGGACCAGAACCUGCGCGUCUCGCUCGCCUCGGUGACGUGUAGCAGGUUGACAAGGACGUUCGCCGUAGCCUGCAGCCAAGUGAUCGUGCUGUCCACACUGAUAUUCAGUGUCGUCGGAGUGGAUCCGCGCGAUGUGCUGCGCUCGAGCAGCAUCGGCCUUUCUCUCAACUCGUCUCUGUUGAUUCCAUCAACGAUGACCAUGCUCUGCAUCACCUACUUGGGGAUGACACAAAUAAUGGUUGCUUUGGAGCGUGACAUAGAGUUCACAGAGCUCCCGAAAGAGGCUGAAGUCGAGAAGGUCGUCGUCGAGCCACCAAAACGUGGCAAACCAGGUUCCAAUGGCGGUAGUUCUGUGGCUCCUGUAGGCCAAGUUGACUCGACUUGGCCUACGCAUGGACGGAUUGAGUUCCAAGACUUCUCCGCCUCCUACAGGCCUAUGGUGCUCGAGGAUUCUCUCAAGCACGUCACAUUCACAGUGUGUUCACGGCAAAAGGUCGGCAUCGUAGGUCGCACUGGUGCAGGCAAGUCGUCCCUGGUGCUCGCCCUGCUGCGAGUGCUCAAGAGCACCAAUGGGCGGAUACUGAUCGAUGGCGUCGACAUCGCCUCCGUGCCGCUGCCAAGGUUGCGCACGGCCAUCACCGUCAUCCCGCAGGAUCCGAACCUCGUGCGGGGCACGCUCCGUGCCAACUUGGACCCCACGCAGAAGCACUCGGACGAGGAGUUGUGGCAGGUGUUACGGCAGGCCAACCUCGCUGAAUUUGUGUCCAGACAGCCGCUCAAGCUGCUGCUCGAGACCGGAGACGGUGGCGGCAAUCUGAGCGCCGGGCAGCGGCAGCUGGUGUGCUUGGCACGCGCCCUGCUGCGACGACCGAAGAUCUUGGUGCUGGACGAGGCUACCUCGCACAUGGACGGCGACACGGACCGCCUGAUUCAGGCGGCGCUGCGGGACAGCUUCGCCAGCUUCACGCUCCUCACCGUGGCUCACCGGCUGCACACUGUGCUCGACUACGACAGGAUACUCGUCCUGAGCGAAGGCACCGUCGUCGAAUAUGGAAGGUUGGACCAGCUCCUCAGCGACCGCAAGUCAGUGUUCUACGACAUGGCAACCAAAGCAGGAAUCGUGCCCAGCUGCCUCCCAGAGCCUCUUCCAGAGCCUAGUGCAACGCAUCUGUGAGAAGUCGCCACUUCGCGGCGUACUAGGCGUGCUUGCCGAAUCCACCCAGGUUGUGCACGAACUGGCUCCCGAGCUGUGCAAUUCCUGAAAAGUGUGCGCUCCUAUGUUACCUAAAGGAAAUUGCACAAAAUGAGUGCUGACACAGUAUGCGCGAAGCAUGCAACAAGGUCAUAAGGAAAACGCCUCGGAUGUUGACCAUUUAUGUCGAAGAUAUACCACGCAGUGGUUCUUUUCCUACAGAGUCACUGGAUUCAAAAGCUCAGAGGUGUGUAUUAAAACGUGUACAUUGCUUGCAAAAGAUAAAGUUUUUAUGUGCAAGAG